AUGGUUCAGAAAUGUGGUAGAUUGCCUUUGGCUUUGACAGCACUUGGGAGGGUCUUGAAGGGAAAUCGAAAUGACGAUAAAUGGGAGGAGUUGUUGAAGAGUGAGAUAUGGGAUAUUGAUGAUGGAAAUAAGAUUCUUCCGGCUCUAAAACUAAGCUACUAUCAUCUCCCUCCACAUCUGAAGCAGUUGUUUGCAUAUUGCUCCUUAAUUCCCAAGGACUAUGUGUUUGACAAAAAUAAAUUAGUCCUAUUGUGGGUGGCAGAAGGAUUUUUCUCCCAAUCAAAAGGAAACAAGUCAAUGGAAAAUUUGGGUCAUGAGUAUUUUGAUGAGCUAAAAUCAAGGUCCUUUUUUCAACAAUCAACGAACGAGUUAGGAUAUACGAUGCAUGACUUGAUAAAUGACUUGGCCACAAGUGUUGCAGGAGAGUUUUCCUUUAGAUUGGAUGGUGAGGUGGAUGCAUCUGAUAUGAAUGAAGCUUUUGAUAAGGUUCGUCGCUUUUCACUUGUAGGUCCAAGAUCUGGAUCAUACAGAAAGCUUAAUGAAUUACAAAGAGCUAAACACUUGCGAACUUUCUUAGUCAUGUCAGAUGGUUUGGAGAGCAACAGCUUUUUGGACAAGGUUCUUCUUGAACUACAAUUCCUGAGGGUGCUAAGUGUCAUGGGCUUGAAUCACAUGUCCCGAGGUAGUCAGAUAAUCACGAAGGUACCAGAAUCCAUUGGUAGUCUCAAGCAUCUACGGUACCUUAAUUUUUCUUAUACUCUAAUCACAUGUGUGCCGGAACAAGUGAGUGACCUUUAUAAUCUACAGACCUUGUUGCUUCAUUACUGUUAUCAGUUAUCUAGCUUGCCAGAAAGUGUUGCAAAGUUAAUAAACCUGCGACAUCUUGACUUUAGUAAUACUCCGAAUUUGAAGAAGAUGCCCUUAGGGAUCAGUCAGUUGACGAGCCUUCAAACUCUACCCAAGGUCUUUAUUGAAGAAGGUAACGGGUUCAAAGUAUCUGACCUUAAGGGCCUAUCGGAUCUUCAAGGCCGGCUUUCCAUUAUGGGUCUAGACAAAGUGAUAAAUCCAAUAGAAGCAAAGGAUGCCAACUUACAUCAAAAGAAGGGUCUUGAAGUUGUGGAGAUGAAAUGGAGUGAUAAUGUGUUUGAUGAUUCUCGGAAUGAGACGAUUGAAUAUGAAGUGCUUAAAGAAGUAAGGCCCCAUCCUAAGUUAAGAAACCUCUACAUUCUGAAUAACAAGGGAACGAGAUUUCCUAGUUGGGUCGGGGAUCCCUCGUUUGAUCAGUUAACAGAGAUUACGUUAUAUGGUUGUAGAAGUACACAGUUACCAACACUUGGAUGUUUAGGGUCUCUUAAGAAAUUGGUUGUUGGAAGCAUGAGUGAGGUGAAGAGUGUGGGUUUUGAGUUUCUUGCACCUGUAAGUUCUUUUAUUGGCAUUGGAUUUCCAUCACUUGAAGUUCUGACAUUUAAGGAUAUGGAAGGUUGGCAGAGAUGGUCGAUUGAUAGUAGUGAUGACCAUGGAGCUCCUAGAUCAUUUCCUCGUCUUCAUGAGAUCUCUAUUAAAUGUUGUCCUGAACUAGCUGAAGUGUCCAUCGGACUGAUACCUUCACUUCAGGUUUUACAUAUAGAAGAAUGUUCUGAAGCAGUGUUAAGAAGCAUGGUUGGUUUGUCCCCAUCACUUGUUAGUUUGAAAAUGGUGAAUGUUAAAGGACUUACUCAACUACAUGGAAAAGAUUUAGUGCAUCUUGGGGCAGUUGAAUAUCUAUAUAUUCAUAGUUGUGAUGAACUGAGAUACUUGUGGGAACGAGAAUCAGAGGCAUGCAAGAGUCUUGUGAGUUUACAGAAGUUGGUAGUAAUUCAUUGUAAAAACUUGGUUUCAUCAGCUGAGAAAGAGGACAAUUUUGGGAUGAGCAUGGAAUCUCUUAAAUCUGUGAUAUUUUAUAGCUGUGAGACAUUGGAGAGUUACAACUGUACACAUACUGUUGAGAGGUUGCAUAUAGGUAGUUGUGAUUCAAUGACAUCCUUGACCUUCUCAGCAAUGCAGGAGCACCCAUCCCCUCUUACUGAAUCGAUAGUUAGUGAUUGUGAUAACGUACAAUUACAACCCAAUCCCAUUCCAGUCACAGGUUGUGGUUUUCUCCCCAUGUCUUGCCUAACAUCUCUUGAAAUCAGAUUUUGCAAGAAUCUAAAGUCAUUUCCUCAUGAGCAUUUUCAAAGUCUCACAUCUUUGGAAGAACUGGAGAUAAGUCAAUGUCCAAGUAUGGACUACUCCUUUCCUUGUGGGGUGUGGCCUCCUAAUUUGACUAAACUCACGAUAGGAUGCUUAAAUAAGCCCAUGUCAGAGUGGGGCCUGCAGAAUUUUCCUACCUCACUAGUUGAUCUGUGGUUAUUUGGUGAAGAUUCAGGAGUGGAUUCAUUUGCAGUGGCAGAGGAUGUGAAGAAUAAUACUAUUACUAAUCCAUCAUCAUCAUCAUCAUCAUCAUCAUCUUUUCUUCUUCCACCAUCUCUUGUUUCUCUAUCGCUCGUUGGUUUUACGGAAGUGGAAUCAUUUUCAGAGGUCUUACCACACCUCCCAUGCCUUAAAACACUUAGUAUUCGGCAUUGCCCAAAGCUUGGAGAUCUUAAGACCAUUUACGACCCAUCAAAUGUGACAAUAGAUGUAAUCAGCUACAAUAGGGCUUAAUGGGAGAGAGGCAAGUCAGCUAAAUAUGCUGCACCAGGAUGGAGGUUGUGGAAGACAUUCGAUUCUAGAGACAUUAAAGGAUAUGACAAAAUUCCAAACAAUUUCAGGACAUUUGGAAUGAACGGUGGAUGAACAGUGUAUUGAUUCAAUUAGGGUGUACUUUGAUGCAGUAAAUACCAAAUAUAGUUUUGUUUUAGUAUUUUUGCUUGGAUAUUGGUUGUAUAUAGAUUUAUUUGAAAUGUGUUGUAUGAAAACAAGCAAAUUGCUAGAAAUAGCAACCUACUUUUCUUCUUUUGCCAAAAUGGGCAAUGUACCUUAUUGUGAUACCCGUGAUAACAACAUUUUUACAAGCUUUUACCAAUUAGAG